AUGUCUAAAAUGAUUUUACAGGUUAGUUUCGCCCCAAAACCGUAUCACUCAACUGAUAUGAUGCGUGACGCUGACCGCCUCCAAGUAGCCUGUGGUGAGGAGUCUCAGGUUGAAAUCAUCAGUAACACACUUCAACUGACGGUAACUACGGAUUGCAAAGAUAAAGAGGUUGUCAUGACUGGUCUCACGAUCAAGAUGGAUCAGGCAAAGCUGUUUGAGGACUGGGAGCUUGUGCCAGGAUGGACUUCAUUUUCUAGUCACAACCAGAUUCCUUGCUACCUUGUCCCGAAUGGGCAUAAUACGUACCAAGGCGACACAAACUCCUCGCCUGAGACUAUCAAGCCUUACAGUGAUGGCUCAGGGGGCGUGGUCCAAGCUUUUAACUCAGCAUUUGGAGGUUCUGCUGGAGGAGUUUUUGGCUACACGAUCGCCAAUCCUGUGGUCCGGAUCGCCAUGCUCAGAAGUGAUCCAAACGUGAGCUUAGACGACAACAGGGCCCUUCUUGCUGUGUCUACAACCCCUCUCACUGCUAACGGAGAUCUCUACAACAACAUGCAUGAUGCGGAUGUCACGGUACUGACUUUACCCACUGAUCGCCGGCGUAUCCAUGUAACACUCCAAGCUAGAGAUGUCGAGAAAGUAUUCGCUUGUGAAUUUAGCUUACAAGUGAAAUUGAACACAACGAUACUGUUGCCUCAUUUGGCUUAA